CUCCCUGUUUCUGUUUCUCUCUGCAGGAGUUUAGAGGACUAGUAGGAUGCUGAGUAGCCUUCCUCCUCAACACUGUUGUCCGACCUGCUCUUCAUGACCUGAGAGCGCCAUCACAUCGGGAGGAACGAAACACCAGAGAGAGAGGAAGAGGAGGGCAGAAGGCCAGGAAAGGAAGGAAGGAACACACUUUUAGUUUUGUUAUCAUUUGUUGUCCCUUUCCGAAAUGGCGGCGACUGAGGCCAGCGCUGCGCCGGUGGUCCAGGAGGACGGGAAAACCCCAGAGAGCAAGCCGACAGAAGCGGAGCAACCGGCAAACAACGCCAACGCAAACUCAGAGACUGUCAACAGUGAAGUUGUCUGUAAAGAUGGCACCGCAGUCAACAGCGAGGUUGUCGACAACAAAGAAACAGUGAAUAACGACACAGCGGCAGUGACAGGAGCCGAGGAGGGAGAAGCAGCAGCCAGCGAGGAUGCGGCACCCACCCAGAGUUCGGAAGGUGCCUCAACUGCCGAGCCCAAGACCUCUUUCCUGGACUCCUUCCUAAACAAGAGCGGCUUGGGGAAGGUGAUGGGAGGAAGGAAGAAGAAAGAGCCAAGCACAGCCACUGGAGGAGAGGAGAACGCAGCUGAAGGAGGGGAGAAAGAGGGCGAGAAAGGAGGCGAGGAGGCCGCAGCAGCUGAGGGAGGAGCAGAGGGAGAUGCAGCAACAGAGAAGGCUCCGGAAAACGGAGAAAAAGAGGAGGAGAAGAAAGCGGAGAAGAAACCGGCGGAGUCUAAAUCCACGGUCCGGGAUCUGAUCAGGAAGCCAGUGGCCAGGAUCUUCUCCCAUCGCAGCACCGACAAGAAGGAGGGCGCGGAACCCAAGAAGACGGUUCGAUCCAAGUCCCUGGACCGUAUGGAAGAUCCUGAAGCACUUAACGCCACUACAGAUUCCACCAUAGAGGAGGGAGGAGCGGCGGGAGGAGCGGAGGGAGAAGCAGAGGGAGGCGCAGAGGGAGGCGCAGAGGGAGGCGCAGAGGGAGAGCAGAAAGCACCGACCUCCUCGGCAACCACCAAGCACAUGAAACGCUGGCACUCCUUCAAGAAACUCAUGGCCCAGAAGGCGCACAAGAAGAGCGGAGGAGGGGAGGAUGCGAAGGAGGAAGGAGGCGGAGACUCCUCCACGCUGGACUCCAAGGAGUCAGGGCAGAAGAGGUGGACGCUGAAACGCUCCUGGACCUUCCAGGGCCUGAAGAGGGACCCGUCUAUCGUUGGCAUCAGCGGCAAGGCCAAAGGCUCCGACAAAGACUCUGCUGACAAGACGGACGAGGAGGCGGCGACCGAAGGAGCUGAGGGAGGAGAGGAGGCCAAGGUGGAGGAAGGAGCAGAGGAGGCCAAGACCGAGGAAGGGGAGGAGAAGGCUGAGGGAGGCGAGGAGGAGAAGGCAGCGACGUCAGGAGGAGGGACGGUGACGCAACACGCCAACGAGAUCUGGACCUCCUUCAAGAAGCGCGUCAUCCCCAAGUCCAAACGUGCAAACACGGAGAGCGUCCCCAGUGGGGAGGAGGAGGCAGCUGCAGCCCCCGCCUCAGGUGAGGACGGAGCAGCAGAGGAGGGCAAAGACGCCAAGACAGCCAAGGCCAAGCGCUCGCAUUACGGCCGAGCAGUCUCCCUGAAGAACUUCAUCUUGCGAAAGGGCAAGUCCACGAGUGUGGACAUGGGUGAAGGCACCAAGGAGGAGGAGGAGGAGGAGGAGGAGGAGGCCGCGGAGGGGGGAGAGGGAGGAGAAGUGGCGCCGGAAGGAGCUGCUGAUGGUGAAGUUGCUGCAGGGGAGACCAAUGAAAAAAAUGCAGUGGAGUCUGAGAAGAUACCUGCAGAGGAGAAGAUGCCCGUUACCGAGAAUGGAGAGGAAGAAGCAAAGGUGGAGGAGAAGACGCCAACUCCAGCUCCGGUUACCAACGGGGAGAACGGCUGCUCCAACGGAGAGGAUGAUGCCACACACAAUCACCAGGAAGAGGAGAAAACAACGGCAAGCAGCCCUGUGAAGAAGAGCAAGGAUGCAGGAGGAGUGAAAGAGGAGGCCAACGCCAAGAUCAUCAACACCACGGCGGCUGUGAACAGCGACAAAAAGGCGGGAAACGUGUGAGGCCACACAAAGAGGAUUAGAACUGCCCGGGAUUCGCUGAGCGAGGAGCUCUGAGCCCCGCCCCCCACUUUACCCCUCCCCCGUCCUCUCCCCCCUCCUCUCUCCCUUCAUCCCUCUCCGCCUUCCUCCCAAAUAAAAAGAGUAAUCACGUGUUGACAAAACAGAAAACACCAUUGUGAGAAAGAGAGAGAGAGAUUGAGAGAAUGAGAAAGAUGAAAUCCAUGUAGAUGAGCAGUGAAAAAUAAUAACUACUCAGAAAGCAAUAAUUCAAGUCCCCCCCAUCCACCCAUCCCUCCAUCCUUAUAACCCCUCCGUCCGAUACAUGCAUACAUACAUACAAAUAUGUACAUCCAGUGUUUUAUUUUUUCUUUGCUUGUCUGUGAGAUUUUAUAUUGUCUACGAGAGAAAAGAAAAACACAGAAAUGUAAAAAAUGAAAAAUCUAGACAUUCCACCCCCUACUUCCCCCGCCACCCUAUGUGUCUCCUUGUCGAGCUACUUAACUCUGCUCUCUGUCUCUAACGACUCCUGAUUGGUGGAUUUAAAAAAAAAAAAGAAAAAAAAGACUGGUAGUUUUAUAUUGACGGCCAUUUUGGUUUAUAGUCCCUCUCAACCCCCCUCCGCCCCCAGUAGUUUGACAGUACAGCAGGACCAUGUUGCUACAGUAUAUAAACUGCCCUGAGGACUGCCACAUCCCAGCUAUCACUGCAAUGUCUUCAGCUCUGUGUGUUUAAUGUUUUUAGACUGUUUUAUUGUGUACAUGAAUUAAAAAAAAGAAAAGAAACGCCAUCAAAUAUUAAAGUCAAAAUGUUUUCUUUUUUCCUGUUCAGUUUGGAUUCUCUUGUUUUUUUUCUUGUUUUCUUUUUUAAAAACACAUCUUCUCACUGUUACCGCAUUCUGGCGAUAUGCUGUAAUUAUGAAAAAAAUGAUAAUAAUAAUAAUAAUGAUGAUGUUUUGUUGGUCCAAGUUUUCACAUGUCCGCUAGCAAAUUGUCAAGAAAAAAAAUAGUACAAUAAAGACUAAAAUCUAACAACUAAACUGCAA